AAAAAAUCUACUUUAAUUACCGAGGGGUACAAACAAGGGCAGAGUAUCGCCUGAUCAAAGAUCAAACCCGAGUCUCUUUCUCCUCUUUUUUAGCCCCUACGCCACUGCAAUCUUGAUCAUACAAUCCAUCAUACCAGAUUGACAGGAUUCUUGCACAUAUGGAGUCCUCCAAAGAGAAUGAUGGUUGCCAACCUGCAGAAGGUCCUAUUUUAUGCAUCAACAACUGUGGCUUCUAUGGGAGUUCUACGACAAUGAAUAUGUGCUCCAAGUGUCACAAGGACAUGAUACUGAAACAAUCGCACGCCCAGCUUGCAUCAUCGUCCAUUGAGAAUGUUGUAAACGGUGGAUCAAGUAGCAAUUGGAAAGCACUUGUUUCCGAUGAUGCAGCCAGUGCGGAAGCAGGAUCAGUCGAGUUGGAGGCAGCACCCCAGCAAUCAUCCAAUGCAGAGCCUAAGGCGAAGCAGGGGCCGAACAGAUGCACAAUCUGUUGUAAGCGAGUAGGUUUGACACCAUUCAAGUGCAAGUGUGGGGACCUCUUCUGCUCAGUUCAUCGCUAUGCAGACAAACACGCCUGCCCAUUUGAUUAUCAGGCUGCUGCUCGGGAUGCCAUAGCAAAAGCAAAUCCUCUUGUUAAAGCUGAAAAGGUGGAUAAGAUCUAGUAGCAGUCAUGAAGAGAAACAUGAUGCUCACUUUGUACAUCUUUGUGUAAGUUGGCCUGGCCAUUAUCUUCAAAGCUGUCUAGUUCAUCUUGGAUGGCUGGGGUAAGUAAGGCGGUGGUAUUUGGGGUUUCGUUUUCUUGCAUUCUACGAACCUUUCAGUUGUUGCACAUUUACUACAUCAUCUUGGUUCAUCCAAUGUGUAAGUUGUUAUUUGCUGACUCAAAAUCAAGUUAUUAUAAAAUUCAUGACUUGGCAA